GUAGAGAGGAAGAAUACGCGCCGUGAACGAGUUGGGGGGAUUUUUAUGGACAGGGUUACUACAGCAGAGCCCAUGCUGUCAUCCACUCCACCUCUGUCUGCCUUCCCGGAGCGACUAGUAUUCUUUUGGACAAGGAGCGGAACUUUUAUGGAUUGUUUUGCGCACUGACUGUAGCCUACUACAAGACUCGACUAUAAGGAACACUGUCAUAAUGAACUUUCUCUCUCGGGUACCUGCGGGGUAGCGGUUUAAUCCCGAUAAUUAACUUUAAGAGGAAAUCAUUUCUGGAUAUAUCUUAUUAAAGGAUGCCAGUUGAUAAAUUCGCAAUCAUGGAGGACAAACUAUGGAUAUUGGAGGACCUCAAUAUGAUGUACAUUCGUCAGAUUGCUCUCAGUUUGCAGGACAGUGACAUCCAGAAAAAAAUCGACCAUGAGAUCCGGAUGCGCGAUGGAGCCUGCAAACUUCUGGCUGCCUGCUCACAGAGAGACCAGGCUUUGGAAGCAGCGAAGAGCCUGCAAACCUGCAGCACCCGUAUCAUGGCCUACAUGUCAGAGCUGCAGAGGAUGAAGGAAGCUCAGGUCAUGCAGAAGGUCACACGGAGGUCUUCAGAUGCGGGACCGAUGGACGACAGACUCCCAUGCAAAGGAAAAGUGGCCAUCUCAGAUCUUCGUAUCCCUCUCAUGUGGAAAGACACAGAGUACUUCAAGAACAAAGGAGAACUACAUCGAUGUGCAGUGUUCUGCCUUCUGCAGCUGGGAGGAGAGAUCUUUGACACAGAUAUGGUGAUAGUGGACAGGACACUGACCGAUAUUUGCUUUGACAACACCAUCGUAUUUAGUGAAGCAAGCCCAGGUUUUGACCUGCGUGUUGAGCUGUACAGCUGCUGCUCGGAGGAUGACUACUCUGCAGGCAGCACACCCAGGAAACUAGCCAGCAAGCUGAGCUCCUCACUGGGUCGAUCAGCUGGGAAGAAACUCCGGGCAGCAAUGGAGCCGGGGCCAUGCAGUCCUGUGAGCAACGGGGGGGCUGCUCCCCUUCUGCUGCCAGUUCCUUCUGUACCAGGCCCCAAGUACCACCUCUUAGCUCAUACCACCCUGUCACUGUCACACGUCCAGGACAGCUUUCGCACACAUGACCUCACCAUCUCAGGCAACGAAGAGUGUUCGUAUUGGCUGCCGCUCUAUGGCAGUAUGUGUUGCCGGCUUGCAGCUCAGCCUCACUGUAUGACCCAACAGAUGAUGAGUGGAUGUUUGAAAGUUAAGCAGCUGGGAGGUGACCCUCAGAGUUGGACAAAAGUGUAUGCUGUUCUGAAAGGAACAAGCCUUUCCUGCUUCCACCGGCAAGAAGAUGUGGAGGCCAAUGUUGAGCCAGCUUUCACCAUUGCCAUCAACAAGGAGACCAGAAUACGUGCGUCAGAGAAAGACCCUCACAGUAAAGUUCAGAAUAUCUGUAUCAGUAAUCAGUACGGAGGUGAGGAGGUCACACACACACUAACAACAGACAGCCGCGAGGACACGCAUCGGUGGAUGGAGGCCUUUUGGCAACAUUUCUAUGACAUGAGCCAAUGGAAGCAGUGCUGUGAUGACUUAAUGAAAAUUGAGCUGCCAUCGCCUAGGAAACCAGCCCCUGUCACACCAAAACAGGGUUCGCUAUAUCACGAAAUGGUUAUUGAGUCAUCGGAUGACCUUAGCUGCACUGUGUCAGACAUCCUGGCUCGGAGGAUGCAGGAGCUGGAGCUCCGCAACCAGCUGGGCACUUCUCCAACCUGGAUGUCUGUGUUUGAGGAGAACAACCCCAAAAGCGCUGGUCGCCCUCAUCCCUGUACUUCUCGCCUGUCUGGCCACAGUCCCUGCACCCCUCAUCGACUGCCCCGGAGCCCUGCGAGCCCUCAUCGCUGUCCACAGCUGGGUCUGCUGUCCUCAGAUGCAAGUCUGACCUCAGACAGUGACAGCCACUGCAGCACCAGUCCUUGCUCUCACCACCAUGGCUGGCCUGAGCCCUCUUCAAACUUCUCUCUCUUGUCAUCUUCCCCCUCCCGCCUAAGGCCACGCACUCUGUCACUGGAUGCUAAGCUCAGCACCCUCCGAGGGAGGGGUUAUGGAGGAGGAGGGACCUACCAGUGCCCCUGCCAGCCUCCUUCCUCUUCACUGCUCACCCCACUUCCCAUCUCUUCUCGUUCACCUCUGUCACAGCGCAGCACACAGACCACACUCUCUUGCUCCAGCUCCACCUCCAGCAACAGCUCCAGCACCAGUGAGGGCAGCCACAGCCCCGAGUCUUCUGAGGGGGCUCCCUUCUCAAGGCCCUCCCCGGCUCGACGCAGCCUCAGGAACCUCAGGGCCAGACUUGAUCCUCGCAACUGGCUCCAAAGCCAGGUGUGAACUUGUUUUCUGAAAGACAAAUUACACUGCCCGAAAGGCACCAGUGCUCAUUAAACCAUGGUUUAACUGGCUUAACAUAAUGUGAACCAACCUCAGGCAAUUUGCUAGGCCACAUGCACGGCCCUGAGGAGGAUAAGCUGCCUCUAGCCUGCCUCCUGUUCGAGGAUGGAUCAUGGAAGACCCCUUUGGGGCAAACUGGAAUGUCUUCUAACAUAAAAGACAGGUGACAAUCACUGCAGGCAACUCUUUGCAGGGUUGCCCCAAAACAGAAGAUAGUGCAAAACUAAAUAGGAGGUACACUGCUUUGGGAAAUUAUGGGUCAUGCUGCUUGGGAGACAGCGAUGCUAAAAACUAAGGACUUUAUCCAAUAAACACACAAUAAACCACACUAGGCCUAUUCUCUGUCUUUGGAAUCAAAUUCUGCAACUGGAAAUGUUUUUAUUUGUCCUCUACGUCAGCCAUCCUGGCUUUGCAAAUGUUAUUUCAAGGUCAUCUCUCUUAAUGCACUAGCAGUAUUUUGACUGGAUGCUUUGUUUUUUUUUAAGCGAAGGUUUGCAGUGUUGAUGCUAUAAAAGCUAGCGAGCAUGUGGUGAGAUGGACAUGCAAGAUGUGAUGUAAUCAGUCAAAAGUAUUUUUAAAUGUUAAAAACUGUUGAGUGUGGAGGGAAGAGUUGAUGUCUUUUGCCUGUACUGUGAUAUCUACUUCAGUGUACUUAUCAUCUAAUAUCCAUAUGAAAUAUGAUCUUUGAGGUUCUUCUAAAAUUACUAUGCACCAUUUUUGUUUAUUGUUUUCUCUUUUUUUGCAUGAUUUGACUUACAGUUAAAAUGUUGAACUACUUGAGAUGAUUUCAACAAUGAAUCUGGUGAAAGCUUAUCUUAAUGCAAGUGCUCCUACUUACUGUACUGGUUAUUACUGUGAUCUCUUCAGGGUAAAAAAUCUCUGCUCUGGUCUCUGCACACUAUUGACAGGAUAUCACCGCUGACAUACUCAGAACCCUAGAACAAACUAAAUCAAACCAAAGCUUGUGUAUUACUGAAAGCUCAAGCCAUACUUACAGUAUGACCUCACUGCUUUUGGAAAGUCCAAUCAAAUGUGAACCAUCUAUCAAUCUAAUGUCUGUUAGGCAACAGAAACAUUUUACUUUAUGGUGGCUGUACUUUCUAUGAAAUUAUUCUUUAGUCAAUCAUUAGGUCAUGGUUUUAAGAGGGAAAUGGUUUGUGUACACUGCCACCUCAGUAUAAUUUGUUUAGUUAUCGCCAUUUAGACAUGUGAAAACAAAUCUUAGGAAUAGGAAAGUCGGUGUCCCAUGUCAGUACAGUAAAGCCUCCUCUUCUUUGUCUGUUGUUUACUGUGGACUUCAUUAUGGUAACAGUUUCUCUCUUGGGGCUCAGAACUCGGGCAACCAUUUCUACUAAGAAUUAAAACUGUCAAAUGCUUGAAAACAGCAUUUGUUACUGUAAUUUAAUUUUUAUAAGUUAACAAAUAAACCUCCUCUCUUUGUCUUUUGUUACAUUAUUGAUUUUGUUAUAAAUGCAGCUAUGAUUAUUAUAUUGUUAACAAUUGAUGUGCAGAUCUUUGACUAUAGAUAACAAUGAAUGUUAUAACCUUGCAAGAGUUUUCCCGUGUUAGCAGGCUUUGUGUUCUGCAUGUACGCCGUCCUGGAAGGCGAACAUGAAGUGAGAA